GUGUACCGAGUCGGAGGAGAAACGCGACAUCCAAGCGAAGACGUCUCUUCAGUUGAUUGAAGAUUUCGCGGCAGCCAGGCAAAAAAGAGUCCAUUGAAGCGUAUAAAAGUGAUUGUGGUAUACAGUAAAUAUUACAAUUCGGUCUGUUCUUGGCGCUCCGUAAAUCAAACGCGAAAAGUGCACCCAGAUUUCCGGUUCUCGUUUUCCGCUUGUGUGUAAAAAUUACUGUAUUGGUUUUUCCUCGGAAGUAACAGGAAAUCGGCUUUACUCUGCUCGGCCGUUCAGCGAACAAGAAAUCGGGAGAAAGAAGAAACCAUCAUCUUCCACACGCACACAAAGCCACCGACAAUUUCCAGCCAGCAAGAUUUUAACACUUCUUGGUAGCAAAGAAAGAAAAACCUGUACAGAAACGAAGCAUCAAGAGGGAAACUGAAAUCAGCACACAGUCGGUGGCCUCUCGUAAAACAAGGAUCAAUCAACUCACACCAAUUUCGCUCGCUGUUAAGGACAUUUUACGCUUAACGAACGCUUCCCAGCCAGCCAAGAAAUCUAAAGAAGAAAGCCGGUAGCUUGCGAUUCAUCGGAUUCAAGAAAAAUCGAUCGAAUCCAUAAAACAACAACCCCUUUCCACAUCACACAGCGAUGCCCGAUUAUAGCGAUCUAGAUCGCCAAAUCGAACAGCUGAAGCGAUGUGAGAUCAUCAAGGAGAACGAGGUGAAGGCACUCUGCGCCAAGGCACGGGAAAUUCUGGUCGAGGAGGGCAAUGUGCAGCGGGUUGAUUCGCCGGUGACGGUUUGCGGCGAUAUCCACGGUCAAUUUUACGAUCUUAAAGAACUGUUCAAGGUCGGCGGAGAUGUACCGGAAACGAACUAUCUGUUCAUGGGUGACUUCGUAGACCGGGGAUACUACAGUGUCGAAACCUUCCUGCUUCUGCUGGCUCUCAAGGUGCGCUACCCGGACCGCAUUACGCUGAUCCGGGGCAACCACGAAUCACGCCAAAUCACCCAGGUCUACGGGUUCUACGACGAAUGCCUGCGUAAGUAUGGCUCGGUAACGGUCUGGCGCUACUGCACCGAAAUCUUCGACUACCUCUCGCUUUCGGCGAUCAUCGAUGGCAAAAUUUUCUGCGUACACGGUGGUCUGUCCCCUUCCAUUCAGUAUUUGGACCAGAUCCGGUCGAUCGAUCGUAAACAGGAAGUGCCCCACGAUGGGCCUAUGUGCGAUCUGCUGUGGAGUGAUCCCGAAGAUACACACGGCUGGGGUGUUUCGCCGCGAGGGGCUGGUUAUCUGUUUGGCUCAGAUGUGGUUUCGCAGUUCAAUGCGGCCAAUGACAUCGAUAUGAUCUGUCGAGCACAUCAACUGGUUAUGGAAGGAUACAAGUGGCACUUUAAUGAAACUGUUCUGACCGUUUGGUCUGCACCCAACUAUUGCUACCGAUGUGGAAAUGUGGCCGCAAUCUUAGAACUGAAUGAAAACUUACAACGUGACUUCACCAUCUUCGAGGCUGCGCCACAGGAAAGUCGCGGUAUCCCGUCGAAAAAACCUCAGGCCGAUUACUUUUUAUAAAACCCGAUCGAAACCUGUGUGGUAUGCUUCAUUUGUAUCUUAAAAGGCAUCUCUGACGAGUGCGGCUCAAUUUCCUUCUAUCUCCGAAUGACCGACCGAUCGACCGUGCACAACUUACUUAACGACGCAAAUGUGAACCUCACUGAGCUAAACAGUAAUCUAGCAUCCCCUUUGCCAAUGUUACCCUAUUCCUUCUGUUCCUGUAUGUGUUCUUAACUCCGCCUCUUUUAGAUGUCCAUGCCUAUCUGUUUUACUUCCCGAUUAUCAACUGAGCCACUCACUUUUCGAAUGUUUAAAGUUAUGUAUGUAUUUUCUUAAAUAUGAUUACCUGACUUUCUAGAAGCCUCAACUAAACUUUUUCAUUUGAGAUCAAACCGACAGUUUAUACUCAAUAAGACAAAAUAAAUAGUGAAUCACAACUCCACAUCAUCAAAUGGAGAGGUUAUAGGCUCAACCCUUACAACAACAAAACUAAAUCUACUGGAAAAUCAGAAUGGAAGUUUUUUUUUAUUGUAAAAAUAGUAGACUGCCCAUAAUUUAUAAAACAAAUGCAGUUGAGCAUUACGUGAAGUAAAAAAAACAUUUUGCUAGCGAAGACAUUGAAAAACAAGUGGUAGUAUUUACAAUAUCAACAUAAGGUUAAGAUAAAAUAUAUAUCAAGUAAAGAAAGAAAACAAGCGCUACUAAGAAUAAUAGCAACCGAACCGAACAAAAUCACAAUAACGAUUGUUUUGCAGCGAUGUCAACACGUUUUCCGAUUAUGCAGCAUCCAUUCUACUGAAUAGCCCCACCACCCCACUAAAAAAAAUAUGAAAAACGGGGGAGUUGCAAAAAACGACCGAAGCAAACUUAUUCAUCCGAUGUGCCUGUGUAAUAUCGUCUUCAACGCUUUGUUUCGGAGGGCAAAUCUAAUUUAUGGAAUCUAGAAUAGUGGAAGCUGACACAGGCAUCAAUUAAAUCGCCGUCACCUAGCUGGAAGAGUUUGCAACAACAACAAAAAAAGUACCAGAGACCGUUUCAGGAUCUGUCGGUGAACUAUGAAAAUCAUUAUUUAGUGUAAAUCGUAAUCACCACUUGCAACCGUUUAGAGAAGGACAGAGAUAUUAAUGGGUAAUGUUUGAAAAAAAAAACACAAACCUACAAACACAUCUUCUAUAGAUUAUAACGUAAAGUGAUAAAAAUAAUAAUUCUUAUAUAUAAGAGACAUAAA